AUGGCUGCAAGUGACACGAUGCCGUCGCCGAUGCCGGCCGGCGGAGACGCAAUCCCGCCGGGGAGACCGAUGUCGACGGAGCAACACUUGUUGGACAAAGGAGCUCAGAUGAUGCAGUCUCUUAAGCCGGCGAAGGAGAUGAAACAACACGUUUGCACUUUCGCUAUUUACAGCCACGACAUGACUCGUCAGAUCGAGACUCACCACUACAUCACCCGUCUCAACCAGGACUUCCUCCAGUGCGCCGUCUACGAUUCCGACCGUUCCGACGCCCACCUCAUCGGAGUGGAAUACAUCAUAUCGGAUCGGAUGUUUGAGAAUUUGUCUCUUGAUGAGCAAAAGCUUUGGCACUCCCAUGCUUAUGAGGUCAAGUCAGCCCUUUGGGUGAAUCCCCGAGUUCCAGAAAUGUUAGGAAAGCCAGAGCUCAAGGAUAUGGCCAAAACCUAUGGCAAAUUCUGGUGCACGUGGCAGGUUGAUAGAGGCGAUGCGCUUCCUAUCGGUGCGCCGGCGUUGAUGAUGUCGCCGCAAGCGGUGAGCCCGGGAGUGGUGAAGGCGGAGCUGGUGAUGAAGAGGGACGAAGAGUACAACAUAUCGACGGAGGCGCUGAGGCAGUCGAGGGUCGAGAUCGAGGAGCCCGAGUGGAUCAACCCGCAGGCCGACUACUGGAAGCAGCACGGCAAGGGCUUCGCCGUUGACAUUCAUCCCACUGAGAUGAAGAAAAGAGCACCGUUUCCUUGA